AUGAACGAAAGUCUUGGGGCCGGUCAUUCUCUGGAAGUUGUCGGUUCGAGUUUGCAUUGUUAUUCAGCGCAGAGUUCCCUCCGCUGGAAGCAACAGCGCUCACUAAAGUCUGAGAGGAGGAAAAUCCGUGGGAACCUUCGACACAGUAGUGGUGUGAUCAAUAAGAGGACUGACCUCCACUCUACCACCACCAUCCAAGCAGGCCCUUGGUAUAUGCUACAGUCUAUGAUGCCCAUCACUAUCCAACCAUUCUUUUACGCGUUUAUUCUUCUGGCGUUCUCGUUUCCGACUCUCGCAGAUCCCAGUGACUGGGUGAAUACAAACUACGUCGUCUCCUUGGCCGCUCAACAUGGCGAUUCUACGACUUCAGAAGCUCGCUCGUCGAUUACUCGCUUGGCGACCAGCUCAGCAAAAAAUGGUCCUUGGAGCAUUCUUGACAAUAAUGGCAUACGUGCACCAAGCGGUGAUGUUCGUGACUACGUCAGCUGGGCUCCCUAUUGGUGGCCAGACUGCAACUGGUGCUCUUCUGGUGGUCGUAAUCAUUUAGCGCAUGCUGGUCCUGAGCCAACGAGCAGCACCGAUGAUGAUAACCAGCCCACUGGUGACGACGAUCACCCGGACGAGGACUAUAGUGAAGAGAGCUCUGGUUUUCCUACCCCAGAACGACGGUCUUCCCUUCGUUUGCCUGGACUUGGUCCUCAUCGUAGGCUUGUUCGUGUCAAAAGGUCAUUUGAGACGAGCCUUACUCUUUCGCAAACUUCGGCGUCUCCAACUUCUGAGAUAUCUGAGUCUUCCGCGUUUCCAUUCAGCGAGCUGGGCCCACUUGUUCAAGCGCCUCUUGAGAACUUUCCACUCCAGACUCAAGUUCCUGUCUCUAUGACUCUUACCGUUUCUCACUCUGCUUCUGAACGCACGGCUGGGACUGCUGCUCCUGCUCAACAUGCGGCGAAGACCAAAAAGUUAUCUUGCACCCCUUCACCUACGUCUUCAAUGCCCCCCAGUGCAACUUGGACUACAUGCCCCUAUGUUAAUAAAGAUGGGCAGGUCAACCCCGACACACGCCGCGUGAAAGAUCCCGGCCACAUCAACAAUGCAGGACAAUCCGUGUUGUAUAAUGCGUUAACAUAUGCACUCACACGGGAUUCCACCUACUCGAAAAGAGUCGCUAGUUUCGUGAAUACGCUUCUACUGGAUUCAAAAACUGGAAUGAACCCUCACGCCGACUACGGGCAAAUAGUGCGCGGACCUGGACCUAAAGGAUCUUCGGGCUCUUUUACUGGUGUUCUUGACAUGAGAGGGUUGGUCAAAAUGUACAACGGUGUCGGGAUCCUCAGAGCUACCCAAAGUCCAGAAUGGACCUUGGCGAUGGACCAAUCCCUCAAAGAGUGGACCCGGAACUGGACCAGCUGGAUGACUGGGAGCUCGUUGGGCAAGGUGGCAGGUACACGUCCGAACAAUCACUGCACGUUCUAUACCUAUCAGCUGGCUGGAGCUCAACACGCCAUCGGAGAUACUCGAGGCGCUCAACAAACCAUCGAGCAUUUCAUCAAGACCUGCUUUCAGAACCAAAUAUCAACCUCGGGUGAGCAGCCAUAUGAGGCUGUAAGGACACGUCCAUACCAUUAUCGCUGCUUUAAUUUGGAAGCGUUGAUCGGCAUUGCCAAGAUCGGGGAUGAGAUUGGGAUGAACGUCUGGACCGCCACAACCAAGUACGGUGCCAACAUAAAGACAGCUACAGACUUUACCAUGGCUCUCGAUCCGAAACGCGAGGAUGUCCUUCAAAUCGUGCCUCAUGUUCUCGCGGUCGCCAGAGCGUACGGAGAUCCAACCGGGAAAUACGCUGACUUUCUUCAGAACCGCUACCCCCAAUAUCGCACAAAGCCUUAUUGGUUCUAUAAUCAACCCGAAGCCUUUCCCAAUGCUGCUGGAAAUCGUAGAGUGAAAAGGGAGUUAGCUUGGGCGAAGGAUGGUGAUCUAUCCCCGGCAAACAGAGAGGUGAUGCCAUUCACUUGUCCGGAAGUUUUUCAGCUCGAGAAAUGUGUGAAAAUUGAACUUUGCAUAUGUGUUACCUGUGAUCAGUUGAAACAGUACUAUGUGUAGUAUAGCGGACCUGUGAUUCGAAGUAUGCGCAGUCAUUCUUACACGUGCA